AUGGAGGACUAUGGCCUUGUCUCCAGCGAUCCGCCAUGGAGAUGGGUCGUCGAAAAGCCUUGCUUUGUUUCCUGGAACAGCAAAGAGGAGGGACUGUCAUGUCUGGGGCAAUUGUCGCCUUUGAACUCGACAUCCAAGUUGACCAUCAACAUUGGUUGGCGACCUGAAAACAACGAGCUGUUGAUAGCUUUACAUCUUCCGAUAUCCAUUCGCGCUUCAAAACAUCCUCGCGGUUUCUUCAUGAUCAUUCCUUGCACGUUCGAUACGUCGAGCAUCGAUAUGACUUUCGGCCCUGUACAAUCAGACGGAAGAGUCGACUUGGAAGGCGCGGGUCUCGCCGAUUGUAAUCUGUUCCACAUCCCAAUUGCACUCGACAUGCCUUGCGAUGUCAUCAUGCCUCAAAGCAAGCGCCAGAAGCCUGUCAAAGGCACGCCGAAAGAGUUGAUGACGAGGCUCAAGUCCUUGUCUGAAACAUGCUCCUUUGAUAUAUACUUCAGGUUCGAUACAUUCGCACAGCUUGAGCUUCGCAGAAUAUUUGCACGUAUAGACGAGCAUCAGCUUGAAACCCCUGUUUUGCUGCUCGACAGCAUGUAUGAUGGCCGUGGAGCUGGUAUAAACCUCUGGCUCAACCAAGGUCUAGAUAUCGUUCCACAUGAAGACCCUCGCCCGCCACCUUAUACCUCUCACACAACUCCACCGCUCGUGGAAAUACAAGUACCCUAUAGCGAUGCCGCCAUCCCUGCUCUGCCGAUAUACCAGGAGAAUGACAAUGAAGGUGUACCGGAGACUCCUUUCUGGGUCCGUAUGCGCCGAAUGCUGGACUACCGAUCUCCGAGCAUCGAGUGUUACAAGGGAGACACUUUCAAGCGUGCAGCGAGUGUCGGCUCCCUGCCUGAUGCACGUCAGGAAAAGCGGAAACGCCUCUGUCGCUCGCCCUUGCUCGGACCCCUGAUCCGUGGGACACCUGCUCCCGUCUUCGAAUCUGAGAAGGCGACGAUUGACGCGCAUCACGAUGCAAAUUCCCCGAGAGAAAGUAUUGGAGAGAUCGCUUCAACGCAGCUCAAAGAUCGCGAAGCUGCUGACCCUCUUGCCGUCGAGCUCAACCAGACGACAAGUGUUACUCCUCGCGACAUAUUUUCGUUGGAAGAUAGGGCCGACGAGAUAGCAAACUGGCUGUAUAGUGCUUGGAACAUUCUGCCAUCUGCUCACCAUGAUCUCCGCUCACAUCUUUUGGCUCUCGGUGCCGCUUCGAAUGAAGAUAUGUUUCCACAAGCCCGAGUAGAGUGCUCUACACGAUUAGCUUUCACUGUCGCACGAGAUCAAACAGCGGUAGCGAUGACGGUUCGUCUGACCAACACAACUGAUGCUGAAAACCAAGUCAGAGAGGUUGUCCAGUGGAUCAAUGGCGUCAGAUUCGAUGCCGAUGUUAUACUGAUGAAUGACCUUGUCGCUUUGGCUAGAGCUGCGAUGGAGGUGGUCGACUCCGCUUCCGAUGACAAAGCUAUGAAGAUGAAUAACUUCCUGAUGUGCAAGGCAAAGUGUAUUGCUUCUGCCUGUCUUCUACGGAAUGUCGCUACAGCGGGCUGA